AGGCGAUGCUAAACAAAAAACGUUUAGAGCUUUAACAUUUAUUGGACUAUGCUCGCGAAAAUGCAUUUUCACAUCAGUUGUAUUAGGAGUUCUAACAUUCACUGAACUAUGUCCGCGCAAACACGUCUUAACAUAAGCUUUAAUACUUCUAUUAAAAGCUUUAUUUAUUUAACUGUAUCGCCAUAAAAACGCACCUAAAAAUUUCUUUUAAAAGUUAUGUUCAAAACCCUAACAUUUAUUGAAUUAUGUCCGCGUGAAGCAAAGUAUUCAAAUUAUACAUAUAAACACUUAUAUAUGUACUCACUUCGAAUUCUGUUGAAAAGAAAAAUUAAAGGAAUGGAAUUAAGAUAUUUGAUAAGAGAAGUAAAUGCCUUGAAGUUCUGUAAUAUAAUUUUGAAUGGUGUAUUAAGUUUGAAAAUCCAAUUCACUAAGGAAUUCGGAAUCGUAUAAGUCUUUAUUACAACACCUAUAAAACACUUGAAAGUUGGGAAACUACCGAAGUUGAGAGGAGGAAAUUCUAGACUUGAACUUUCAUUUCGUUUUUGUGCUCUGCAAUAAACGGUUCCGCAUCUUUCGACUAUCUUUAUUUUAAUCAUCUAUAUACGUAAAGAUAGAUGGUGAGAUCGUAAUCCACUUCUAUGCCAAAGAUGGUUAAGACCAUUUUCUGGAGUUUACUUGAACUAUACGCUUCCUUCAAGGUUUUGAUCACUUAAACCAGUAUGGUAGACGCUUUACUGAUGAAGGAAAGUCGAUUUAUCGGAAGAAAAAAUUUGUGUUUCGUUUCCACUAGCUACUAAUGCUGGUGGGCGAGUAGUUCCUUCGGACUUCCCCGCAGGGUAGAGUGAAAGGCUUUCUUCACCUUCCUAUUAGGAAUCGUAAAAAGGAGUGGGUGGUCGUCGGGGAGAGAAACAUCGGACUGACGAAAUGAAGACAGAAGUGAAUCUGUGAUCUAAGCAAAAUGACGGAAGACAGCGCAUGUAUCGUCGAGACGCGACUUUACAAUUCAACGUUCGGCGUUGAGCUGGCGGUGCCGGAAUGGGAGGCAAUUUUGACCAUAGUGACUUUAUCGUUGAUAAUCCUGAUAACGGUCGUCGGUAAUACUCUAGUGAUAUUAAGUGUGUUCGCAUAUAAACCAUUAAGAAUAGUUCAGAACUUUUUUAUCGUGUCGUUAGCCGUAGCGGAUCAGACGGUCGCGAUACUUGUGCUACCGUUCAACGUCACAUAUUCCAUUUUGGGCAGAUGGAUUUUCGGGAUACACGUGUGCAAGAUGUGGCUGACAUCGGACGUGCUUUGUUGUACGGCGUCGAUACUGAACUUGUGCGCAAUCGCCUUGGAUCGGUUUUGGGCCAUCACUGACCCAAUCAAUUACGCCCAGAAAAGAACAUUGAAGAGAGUACUGUUAAUGAUCGCGGGCGUAUGGAUAUUGUCAUUGAUAAUCAGUUCACCACCGCUGAUAGGAUGGAACGAUUGGCCCGAGGAUGACGAUUUCGUCGACGUUCCCUGUCAACUCACCAGGCGGAGGGGUUAUGUAAUUUAUUCUGCUUCCGGUUCUUUCUUCAUUCCGCUGUUCAUAAUGACGAUCGUGUAUGUAGAAAUAUUUAUAGCGACCAGACGUCGCCUUCGAGAACGGGCGCAGGCAUCGAAAAUAAACGUGCUGUCGAAAUCGCACAACGAAUCGAUCAUAAUGGAACAGCGGGAACGGGGAUCUAUCAGCAGUGAGUCGAACAUGCACGAGAAACAAAGCAGAAGUAACCACCAGAACGGGGAGAGUGAGCAUUUGUACCCAAAACGGAUCGAACAAGAGCCGGUGUCGGAUUUUCCUCGAGCGGUGGCUCCUCAAGAGAAUGCGGCCACAAUGUCCGCAUCCACUACUAGUACCGGAACACCAGAAAAGACUAACAAGAAGGCCGGAAAAGCUCUUGUAACGAUAAAGAAACAGGGCACCGUGUCCCAAUUUAUCGAGGAAAAACAAAGGAUAUCGCUGUCGAAAGAACGACGGGCGGCCAGAACGCUGGGCAUUAUAAUGGGGGUGUUUGUAAUAUGUUGGUUGCCUUUCUUUCUCAUGUAUGUGAUCGUUCCAUUUUGUCCUACUUGUUGUCCUUCGUACAAACUGAUCAAUUUCAUAACAUGGCUAGGAUAUGUUAAUUCGGCGUUAAAUCCCGUUAUUUAUACAAUAUUUAAUUUGGACUUUAGGAGAGCCUUCAAAAUGUUGCUACGUAUAAAAAGCAAUUAGGAAAAUAUAAUAUAUAGUAGCUUUUUUAGAUAGUGAGAGUAAUCGAUAUUUAUCUAAAUCAAUUCUUUGUAAUUAAUCUGAAAAGAUUAAAAUAAACAAACACUUAGUAUGGUUAUUUCCUGUUAUUAAACCAUUACGAAUUCUAACGUGGAUGCAUAAAAGGGGUAUGUACUACUGAUGUUGUUGACAUCAGACAGUGCUCCGCCUAGGUAUUUACCAUUUAUGCGACUGAUUUGUGCCAAAGUUAAAACUCUUUUAAAAUUAAUACAUAUUAUAAAUUCUCACUCGCCAUUGUCUUAACGGUGUGUUACAAAUUAACCCCCGAUUGGGUGUAGGAAGAACACACAACCCAGUACACUCUGAAACAAAAUACUAUUUUUUUAAUGAGUUCAGAAUACAAUAAUAAAGAAAAUCAGUUGCAUUUUCUACAAUAUCGUCAUCAUUAGCUGUACACGCACUUCCACUCCUGAGGAAAAUUCGCAUUUCCCUAAAAUUAGAUUAUCCCAAAUUCCUACCUACUUGCGACCACCAAUCUAAUGUUAUUUUACUUUCCUACUUGGUCCUGAUAUGUCUUUAGUAAACCUUCCUUGCCCCAGCAGAUGUCAGUCAUACUAUCCCACUUUACUUUUUCUUUAUUAUUAACUUGCAGAGAGUCCUUUGUUUUAUUUUGUUUUCCUAAACUUUUCUAUCACCGGUGUUUUCAUCAUCUGCUUCUGUUCACUGUUCAAUUUCACUCAUACAUUCCUUUCCAGCUGAUGUUUCAAUACUUUAUCAAUGAGAAUAACUGUCAUAUACAUUUAAUUGAUUUAUGACCGCCUGCAAAACCGUCGGUCUUUUACGUUAGAUCGAAGAAGUGACCCAACUGCAUAGAAUAUCUUUAUACCAUGCCACUACUACUACUCUCAUUCAUUCCAAAAUGUCUACUUUUUCUCCGCAUCGACUGUUCACCUUUCGCAGCCAAAUAGAAAUUAGAAUGAGAUAAGUUUCUGCAUAUCAAUAUUUAUAUAUAACAAUAAUAAUAAUUUUACAAAUCAAAAUAAUUACAAAAUGUAACUAUAAAUAAUAAUGAAACGUCAUUUUACAUCCUGCAUCCAAUUUAGGGUUAAUGACUAACUAAAUAAAAGCGACAAUUUUUUACAUUUGCUUUGUACCAGGAAAUCUUUGGAUAGGUAUUUCUUUACAAAAGGGGACAGUUCCUUCAUGGAGACGUUCUUUAAGGGUUCAGAACAAAAACGUUAUGUACUUACUUAUAAUAAUAAGUAAAUUGUUUACGUGUAAAUACUUUAUGCGACGUUGGAGACCGUAUCCGAUAUUACAAGAGAAGUGUGCUUUCAGGGGAACUGUUGCUUUUGUUAUCUUGCAAUAAAUGUUUAUAUAUAUAAAUUUUUAAAUAUGUAUAAAUAUACGGUUGUAAAGUGUUCAUUAAAUAUUUAUUUCAAUCAAUUUUACUUUUGUACCUAAAUAAAUAAGGAGAUAAGUACAUAACAGAAGAAGAUAAUUUUUAAGAAACUGUUUGUUACCUAUCUGUAAACCAUUAGAGUAGGGUUGAAAUAAUCAAUUUUUACUAAUCGUAAAAUUAAAUCCGAGGAUUUCAGAAUUUUUAAAAAUAAUAAUGACACCCUUUCGAUGAGUUGCAAUUCUUGCUUCUAGGCUUACCGUUAAAUAGAAGUGAUAAUAAUAGUGAUUUUAUUAAAAUUAACUCUUGUAUGGCCUGACUGUUUGUUAUUCUAU